GUUGUGAUCAAAACAAAACAGAUGCAAAUCACUGAGCAAGUCAAUAACAUUUAAAAUGCUUCAAAAAUUCUGAAAAUUCAGAAAUUGUAUAAAAGUGACAACAUAUCGCAGCCAAAAUCUAGUCAUUUUUGUUGGUUGGUCACAAAAAUCAAACAGUCCCAACCCUACGGAUCACAAUGUCCACCAAUGGAACCAGAAACCCAUUUAUCGAUCCAUCCCGCAGUAGCGCAAUCGGACCCGAUCCCGACGCAUCCGAAGACCCGGACGACAUUCCGGCGGCAAUGACGGAGUCGUACAGUGAAAUCGCAUACACGCAAAACUUUUUCGGCUCCGGAAGUGCAACCGAUCCGACCGGAGGUGAUGACCCCGCCACCGGUCCAGACGGUUCCGGAUCGUCCUCUUCCUCUUCGUCGCAAACUCGCAGGCGACCCGAUUCACUAAACUGUGACAAACGGAAAGAUGCAUCGUUCCCGUACAAUCUGGAGGGCCAUGUUCGAGUCGAUGGUAACAUGACACACUUUGUGGCGGAAAACCUGGAGUAUAAAAUUAAGCUGGCCAGCCCGGUGACGGUGACGCGCAAGGAUUCGUCCAACUCGCGCCAGAGCACUCCCUCGGCGGCCACUGGAGGAACGAGCGCCGCAGGCAGUUACGGCCUGCUGCCAAAGCCGUUCAUGGCUCCGCCGCACCUGAACCAGAUCGAUGCGAACGCCCUCAACGAAAUUGAACGCGAAGCCCAGCUGCUGGCCGCCUCGGUGGAUAAUCUGACCGAGAGUUUGUGCUCGGUGCUGCACUCCAUUUCAUCGAUUACGGCGGACAACGUGGAAAUCUACAAGAAUUCCGUAACGAAGAUGACCGACUGCAUGGACUCGAACAUCAAGUGCAUGUACACGAUUAUGGCCAAAGCGGAGGAGAUUUCGAAAGCGAUCAAGCCGGCGGAAGCGCUCGCAACCAGAAUACGCGAGAUCAAGCGAUUGGUGGACAUGUUCGAGAGCAACGUCUAAGAAUCCGAGGACCACACCACACAUUCCGUAUUCGCGCUCUCUUAGGCGAGAUGGCCCCGGUUGGCCGGCUGGCCGGCCGUUCGACGAGGUCACAUGUGAUUAUUUGUUCUGUAGGAAUUAACGGUAUAUGUAUUUAUUUUAGCCUAGUUGGAUGACGCAUUAGCUGCUUUUAGGUUGUUUUAAGGUCUAACUGUUGUUCUGUUGUUUGAAAAUAGAUAACUACAAUGCACUGUAUGAUUAUGACGUCGAAUUAUUCGCUAUUAAUAAUAGUUUUAAUGGAAAA